AUGGUGGGCAUGGGCUUCUACGGGGCCUCGUGCACGCGGGCGCCGCGCGCCAGAUUGGGCUCGGUGUUUUCGGCGUUCCUGUUCACCUUCCUGCUGCUGCUCCUGGAUGUACAUGGAGUUUGGCCACAGACAGAUCUACUCCAAGUUCAAGGAGACGUGGAGGAGAAGAUGAGGAGCAGAUUCAGCUUUGUCCCCUACUGGUUCAAGAACGUGGCGAAGGCCAUGCUGGUCUGGAUGUUCAACAUCCUGAUCCCGGUCUGCUACGUGCUGGACGUGCUCCGGCAGAGUGUCCGCAGGGCCGCUGGCAAGGCCGGCCCGGGCGAGGGCAUCCUGUCGCCCGAGGGGCAGCAGCUCGCGAACAUGCUCUUUCCCUGGUCCGCCGCGAACACGCUGUGGUGGGUGUGCGCUCUAGGACAAGCCUACUUCACGUUCCAGUUCGGGUUCUCCAAGCUGACGACGGUGUUCCUCUCCUGGCUGAAUACGGAGCUCGUUGCGGUCUCUUUCUUCACGGUCCUGGCGAUCAUCUUUGUGGUGGGUGCCAUGAUGUUCUUGGCGCCGCCCGUGCCUGGCAUCGCUGUCUACCUCUUCACUGGCAUCGUGGUGGCGUCGCACGCAAACAACGAGCAGAACAAGGACACACUAGGUUUCGGCAUGGGGUGCGGCAUCGCCAUCGCACUGAGCUUCGGGCUGAAGAUGGCGGCGUGCUGCGGCCAGUACGCCAUGGGCUACUUCCUCGGCAAGUCCGUGAGGAUACAGGCGCUGGUCGGCGUCGACAAGGUGCUGACCCGCGCAAUCAUGCAGAUUCUCGAGCAGCCCGGUCUCAGCAUGGGGAAGGUCGCGAUCCUGGUGGGGGGCCCGGACUGGCCGGUCAGCGUGGGCUGUGGCAUCAUCAGGCGUGCGCCCGCUGCGGCAGGCACUUCUCCCGUGGUAGUCCUCGUGGGCCUCACUGUGCUUGCAGGGGCGUACUUGGGGAAGGUGGAGCCUGGCACGGAGAGUACGGAGACUCUGGUGGCAACGGUCCUCACCGGCGUUGCCACCCUUGCGCAGGUUUCCGCCGGCCUGCUCGCCAUGUACUACAUUGUUUCCGUAGCCACCAGGGACAAAGAAAAGCUCGAGAAGCCACGAGAGGACU